AUGGGCGUAACAAUGUUGUUGCUGAUAGAAGCCCCAGAAGUAGAUGAUGAAAAAGGAGAAGAGGAUGAAGAAGGAGAAGAAGUGGAAGAGGGGGGUGAUACUAAGUCGAGACUGCUGGCUGCAAGAGAUUUCAUCAUUAUUCCGUUAGAAUCAGACUUGUCGAGGAUGUCCCUUUCCGAAAGCAUUUCCGAAUUGGAUUUCAAUAUAAUUGAGAGACAAGAGGUUAAAUUUGUAUCAACAGAUGCUGUAGAAGACGAAUUUGAAGGAAAUUGGAGGGAUUGCGUAGAGGCUAACGGGCUCGAAGGAAGUGCAGUUGAGAAGGAAGAAGAGGAGGAACAGAAGGAGUUUGAUUUUUCACUUUCAGGGGUGCUUGUAGUUAAUAUUCGUCUUUCAAUUUUUUGUGUCAGUAUUCCUUCAGCCUGCUCAAGUAUGCUGGAAUCGGGCAAUGCUGCCGCAGACAUCACCAUUAACAUCCCAGUCCCAGUCAUCAUUCUAGAUGAUAAUGGGGUGCUCCGUUUUUAUGAAAUAAUCACGAUGACAUAA